UCUCCAAAGUCCAAAACCCCUGUUUCCUUGUCCCCGCCAGAUCUCUCUGUCAUCACUCUGCCAAGUGCUAAGUCUCCGAUCCGAGUCAACUCACCUCCGGCACCACCAACAAUGCCGAAUCGACUCUUUAUACUCUUGUCACUCACCUGUCUCCUCCUCUUCUCGAGUCUCCUAACUCCUGUCCUCUCCAAAACCCCCGCCCCCUCCGACGCAGACGACGACGAAGACCUCAGCUUCCUCGAAGCUGACGAUGACGACGACGCCGCAUCGAAGCACACCUCCCAACACCAGCAUUUGAAAGACGAUGAUGGCUAUGACAACGAAGACGACGAAGAAAGCUACGACGAUUUCGAAAUUCCCUCCAACUUCGAUCACGGCGAUGGGGAAGAAAACGAUGACGUAGAAUUAGGCCCUAAGGUGGACGAGAAAGACGUCGUCGUGUUGAAUGAGGGGAACUUUAGUGAUUUUAUCGAGAGUAAUAAGUAUGCGAUGGUCGAGUUUUACGCGCCGUGGUGCGGACAUUGUAAGGCAUUGGCGCCUGAGUACGCCGCCGCGGCCACGGAGUUGAAGAAUUUGGAGGGUGAAAAGGUGGCGCUUGCGAAGGUGGAUGCUACCGAGCAGCAUGAGCUGGCGGAGCAGUAUGAAGUUCAAGGAUUUCCAACUGUUUUUUUCUUUGCUGAUGGAGAGCAUAAACCCUACACUGGUCAACGAUCCAAAGAUGCAAUUGUGACCUGGAUUAAGAAGAAGAUAGGACCAGGGGUAGGAAAUAUUACUACAGUUGAUGAUGCAGAACGGAUAUUAACCUCUGAGGACAAAGUUGUUUUGGGCUUCCUCAAUUCUUUGGUGGGUUCUGAGAGUCAGGAACUUGCUGCUGCAUCAAAACUUGACGAUGAUGUUAACUUCUACCAAACUGUAAAUCCUAAUGUGGCAAAGCUGUUUCACAUAGAAACCGACAUGAAACGCCCUGCAUUGGUCUUGCUAAAGAAAGUGGCUGAGAAAGUCACACUAUUUGAUGGUCAAUUCACCAAGUCUGCAAUAGUUGAGUUUGUUUCAGCCAACAAGCUACCCUUGGUGACCACUUUUACCAGAGAGAGUGCACCUCUGAUUUUUGAAAGUCCAAUUAAAAAACAGCUGUUACUUUUUGCUACGUCAAGUGAUUCAGGAAAGGUUGUCCCAACAUUUCAAGAGGCAGCAAAGGAUUUUAAGGGAAAGCUUAUCUUUGUGUAUGUGGAGAUGGACAAUGAAGAUACUGGAAGGCCUGUGGCAGAUUAUUUUGGUAUAGAAGGGAAUGCUUCAAAGGUUCUUGGAUUCUUGGGAAAUGAUGAUGCUAAAAAAUACAUAUUUGAUGGGGAGAUUACUCUUGAGAAGAUCAAGGCAUUUGGGGCAGACUUCUUGGAAGACAAGCUUAAACCUUUUUACAAGUCAGAUCCAAUUCCUACUACUAAUGAUGGGGAUGUCAAAAUAGUUGUUGGAAAUAACUUUGAUGAAAUUGUUUUGGAGGAGUCAAAAGAUGUUCUUCUGGAGAUUUAUGCACCAUGGUGUGGGCAUUGCCAAGCUCUUGAGCCAACAUAUAACAAACUUGCCAAGCACCUGCGUGGAAUCGAAUCUAUUGUCAUUGCGAAAAUGGAUGGAACAACAAAUGAACAUCCUAGAGCCAAGGCUGAUGGAUUCCCCACACUUCUUUUCUUCCCGGCAGGAAAUAAGAGCUCUGAGCCUAUUCCUGUUGAAACUGAUCGAACUGUGGUGGCACUCUAUAAGUUCCUGAAGAAACAUGCUUCUACCCCCUUCGAGCUCCAGAAACCAACAUCCUUACCAACACCCAAAGGUUCUGAUGCUAAAGAAGGGACUAAAAGCUCCACCGCAGAUGUAAAAGAUGAACUAUGACGUUAGUGUCAUAUAGCUGCCGUGUACUCGAACGAACAAUGAACAGAGCUGAAGAUGGACGAAAUCAGCGAUUUUCUUUUUUCUUUUUUCCUUUUCUGGUAUGUUUGCUAGGUUUUAAUUUAAAAAUUUUGGUUGUUGUAACCUGAGAGAGCCGUGCACGACCAAUAAUAGGAAUCAAGCCGCCUCUUACCCAAUCAGGCUUAAAUUGUCCUAAAUUGUACUGUGUAUACAUGAUACCAUCUGUAAGUUUAGCAAUUGAGAGUUUUAGAACUGUAUCUUUCCUUGCCUUUAA